AUUUGAGUGUGUGCGUGUUUGUGUUUGAGAGGGUCUAUCCCUCGCCAUGGCAAAUCCUGCCGUACCACCGCUGCAUCGCUUCUUCCUCCCUCUCGACUCUUGAUUGGAGAGGAUCAUGUGGAGGCUCUCCUCAGCCUCCUGCUCCUCCUCUUCUUCCAUCUCUGUAGCCACUAAUCUCAGAGCCAUGCUGUCCCCUUCAUCCUUUCCCUCUCCCCCUUUCGCCCUUGUUCGUUUAAGGACCACCAGCCUCCUCCCAACUGCUUCUUAUUCUUAUUCAUCUUCUUGUUCUUCACCUUUCGUCAAUUCUCUCCUUGUGAUCCGAUGUCGAGCCUGCAUCUCCUCCUACUCCAGAAUCCUGCCCUCGUUCCGUCAUUAUGGCUUCUUUUCCAGCCUGAAUUUCCGGCCUUUCAUCGGGGGCGUUUCCCCUUCUGCUUUUUCAGGCAGCGAGGUGGAGUGGAAGGAGCACGACUCGAGCGCGGAUAUCGGUGGCGAUGAGGAUGACUACCGUCAGCUUUUGCUUGAGGUGCAGCAGGAAAAGCAGGGAAGAUUUAUUCCUGUGAAUGCCUUCUUCCUGUGCACCAGUGUGGAUUUGAAGAGCUUGCAGUCACAUAAUGCGUCCAAUGUGAUACCACCGAGUUCUCGUGCGUCGAAUUACGUGGUACUUAGAUACCCAACUGCGAAGCCUAGUCCCAACGGAUCAGACAAUGACAGUAAUUACUGCUAUGUGGUAGUUUUCCAAUAUGGAUCGGUUGUCUUAUUCAAUGCUGCUGAUCAUGAAAUUGAAGGAUUUCUUGGGAUUGUAAAGAAUCAUUCUUCAGGAUUGCUCACAGACAUGAGGAAGGAUGAUUAUGCUGUAGUUGAGAAACCUACUUUAGAAACCUGGAUGCAAGAGGGCCUUGAUUACAUAGUGCUAAAAACUUUAAAUGUUGAUGGAGUGCGUACUAUUGGAAGUGUGCUUGGUCAAAGUGUGGCUCUUGAUUACUAUGUUCGUCAGGUUGAUGGCAUGGUUGCAGAAUUCACUGACAUAAACCGUGAGAUGGAGAAAAGUGGUACAUUUACCAUGCAGAGGAAAAAGUUAUUUCAGCUUGUAGGAAAGGCAAAUUCUAAUCUUGCUGACGUGAUCCUUAAACUUAAGCUAUUGGAAAGAUCAGACAUUGCUUGGAAGAGUGCCAAUUAUGCUCAAAUAUGGGAAUAUCUUCGAGAUGAGUAUGAACUGACUCAAAGAUUUGGCAGUCUGGACUUCAAAUUGAAAUUUGUGGAGCAUAACAUUCGAUUUCUACAAGAAAUUCUUCAAAACAGGAAAUCAGAUUUUUUGGAGUGGAUAAUCAUCUUGUUGAUAAGCGUGGAGAUUCUUAUUUCUCUGUACAAUAUAGUGCGGGAGCAGACAAUAGCUCCCUCAUGACAGAGUAAACUGUACAGGAUACCAACAUCCGAAUAUGUUGCAGUAUCUCAUACUGUCUUACAUAUUCGUCAUGUAAAAGGGCAAGCCCCUUGUAUGUACCAUUUUAGAUCAUCAAUGGCUAAUAUCCCGGGCCAUCUUGUAGAUUUGUCUAAGUUGCCUGGUUUAGUUUCUCUGAUCUUGUAUAUUUAGAUCUUCUGUGGAAUUACUGGAAAAUGCUUUUGGAAGCUGCUCUAAGUGUUAAUGAAUUGGUCUUCUUUAUUGGA